CCCGCUUGGUUAAUAACCUGUCAGCAGCAAUGGUAACGCGAUUAGGUGGCUUUUAUGCGAUUGCGCGGUUUAUCCACCACUUCAUGAAUAAGGGGUAGGCGUUCCACCAGUUCAGGAUGUGAUGGGGUAAACUGAGACAAAAAGGACAGCAUUGCUACGAGCACUCAUGCAUUAUUCAGAAAGGAGAUGACAUCAUUAGCGGUGGCGUGCAGCCUGGUGUGUUGGGCGUUCCUUUACACCUGCCUCUGUCUCCACAACAGCCGCCGUAGCUAUGAGUGGAACUGCCGGCUGGUCACUCUGCUGCACGGGGUCCUCUGCGUGUGUGUGACGACCUACAUAGGCUUCGUCGACGGCCCCUGGCCCUUCACACACCCAGGCGUGGAGAACACGCCGCUCCAGAUCGCCGCCAUGUCCCUCAGCCUGGGCUACUUCCUGUUCGACAUGGGCUGGUGCAUAUACUUCCACGCGGAGGGACCAGUGAUGCUGGCCCACCAUGGCUUAAGCAUCCUGGGCAUCCUGCUGUCGCUUGACUUGGGCGAGUCCGGCACCGAAGCAUGUGCCGCCCUGUUCGGCACCGAGAUCACCAACCCCCUGCUCCAAGCGCGUUGGUUCCUGCGGCAGACAGGACGCUACGAAGGGCUGGCAGCUGACGCCGUGGACCUGCUGUUUGUGGCGCUGUUCACAUCCGUACGCAUCGGCGUGGGCAGCUGGAUGCUCUACUGCGAGCUCGCCUCCCCCAGGCCGUCGCCGCUGAUAAAGGCUGGUUCCGUCGCCAUGUAUGCGCUCUCGUGGGUGUUCAUGGUGGACAUCGCUCGCUUCGGUUUCCGGAAGAGCAGAGCCAGGUACCAGACGUGGAAGGAGCGGCGUAAGAUGCUGGAAGUCAACGGGAACCCUGGGAAGGCUGACUGAGACUGUGCUUAUGACCUGACAGGUGAUACGGCUUCAUUUCUGUUGGGAAAGCAGUAAGGAAAAGUUAUCCGAAAAGGAGGGAAGAUUUUGGACAGUGGCGUAAAUAAUUUUUCUUAAAAUUAGGUCGUUUUAUGGAACAAAGAAGAGCUUGACUCUUUCAUUGAAGGCUUGCUGACUGCUAGCUUCUUUAAUAAAUUCCAAUAAUUAUUUGUUUUCUUGACAUUUUGAAAGGCUAAUUAUUCCAUAUCCUAGUAGGUCACCCCCUUAGGACAGCGAUGUAAAUUCAGUCCUGUGAGGUUUGCCACAUGCCUCCCUCUGCUGACACCAUUUCACUAUCAUUGAAUGACGAAGCUUAUUUAUGGGAAUGCAGUUCUGUACUUGGUUUCACCCACAAUAUUCUAAGUGCUCAGCCAUCAUCAGUGUGUGGGGGUGGGGGGGGCCCCCUACUGAAGGGGUGGUACAUCAGUGAUUUUUAGCUCUGAUCUCCAGUCUAGGACACUGUUUCCCAACCCAGUGCUCAGGGACCUCCAUCCAGUGUGCAUUUUUUUUGUCCCUCCCAGCGUCUGGCCAAUCGAGAACACCGGAUAUCUCGUAUAGGUGUGUUAGGAGCUGAGACACUGUGAUAAUGAGGCCUGUCUGGGGAUCCAUGAGAACUGGGUUGGGAAACCAUGGUUUAGAUCCCUAUUAUUCAAAUCACGGUCCUCGAGGUCUGAGCCCUGCUGGUUUUCCAGCCUUCUUUUACCUAUGAGCCGGGUGUGAAGCCUCUGACCAAUCAGAAUCAGUCUUUAUUAAACAACUACCUGGGAGAACUGAAAACAAGGCCUGGAUUUGGAAUCGAUGUCCAGAUUUGAAGAGCCCUGGUCUAGAGUAUGUCUUGUUUUGACUGGUGUACCACUGGGGAAACCAACGGGUCUUAAUUUGUGGUAAACAAAACCAAAUUUUUAUAUGUUCUCAUUAUCCAGGAGAGGAAUGAACAUUUAUGCCACCAUUAACUAUUUCUUUAUUUGGCAUAAAAACAAGUUGGAGAAACACUCAUAUUUCAUCAUUUGCCAAACAUUUUUGCCUCAUUACGCUGUAUCACUGAUUUGUUGUGAAUGAUAUGUCAAAAGAGGAGAAAUGUGAUUUUAAUACCAAGGAAGACUGUUUCAUAGUGACAGGAAAGACAAAAUUACUUAACAUGAAAGAUGCAACUAAAAUAUGUUGUCAACUGUUAGUCAGUGACAGGAGACUGAUACUGUGAUUAAUUAGAUGUCAAAACUUUGUUCACACUUUGUUUAAUAGUUAUUAGUAAAGACUAUUCUCUAAGCAUUUAAGUUCAACUCAUGUUUUGCUUCAUAAAUUGUGUUUUUUGACAGAAAUAGGUUUUUCAUUAAUAUAAAAUGUAUCCUUUAUUUUCAGCUGUUCCUAUAAAUGCAAUUAAAUUAUUUACCAUGCUAUGUAUACUUUGAAUGUAUAGUUGUAUUGUACAUUUAUGCUUAUUAUUGUCAUGCUAUUUUUUUGUCAGUUGUCAUUUCCACAGUAAAUUGAUAGAAACCGCGCGAAUUCUCGCUUAUAUUCAAUGUAGUACUUAUUGCAACAGGUAGAUGGCAAUAAACCCAAUCUUUAUUGCUGAACAUUGCAAUCCGAGCGCGAAAAUUAUAGAUGAUAAUUACAUAGGACAAAUUUCUAUUCUAUUUUCUUUAAAGAUGGAAAGUAGUUGAUAUCGUCGCAUUUUAACCUAUUUAUGUUUACUAGAGCCAUUAGUGAACAUAAGUGUUAGAACUAUUACCAAAGACUCCAUACUUGCGAACAAAAACCACUAGUCUGAAUUUUCAGAGAUAAACCUUUACACAGAAAAGUGUAAAACUCGGUCGAUAUAACAACAGUUGAACUAAUGAUAUACUGCAAGGUCGCUUUCAGUCUAGUGGGAAAAGACACAUGUAACAAAAACAUUUUUUUCCAGUUAUAGUUUGGGACAGUAAGCAAUGAAACAAAUAUUGAAAAUUUGUACAGGAGCCAUUAGCGCCCUUCUUGCUCCUAUUUACACAAAUCUUAAAUUGAUGUGCAUAUUCAAGUUUAGAUUAGGUAUUUUCAAUUUACAAUUGUCACUUGUAUAAAAUGAUUAAAUGCUAUAAGUCUACGCAGUUGUAUUAAUCGUCAACUGUGUAUGUGAAAAGCUUCCAAAUAAAUUAAUUGAUGC